CGAUAAAUCGAUUAGUCGACUUUUAGAGCUCGCACACACACACAUUUCACCUAUGGAAAAAUCAUCCUAGUGAACCCGAGUUUCUAUUGUGCAAAAAAAAAAAGAAUUAAGAAUUAGUUUUCCUUUACAAAUAUAAAUCUUACAAGAAGUACAUAAAAAGUACUUAAGCACAUAUAGAAUAUAUUUAUUUUGCCCACAAAAAAAAGAGCACAACACAAAGAAAAAGAAAGCGAAAAGAAACAAAUAUGCAGGCUAUCAAGUGCGUUGUGGUUGGGGACGGAGCGGUAGGUAAGACAUGUCUACUCAUCAGCUACACAACGAAUGCAUUUCCCGGAGAAUACAUACCAACCGUAUUCGAUAAUUAUUCGGCCAAUGUUAUGGUGGAUGCCAAACCCAUUAAUUUAGGUCUUUGGGAUACAGCUGGCCAAGAGGAUUAUGAUCGUCUGCGUCCCUUGUCGUAUCCCCAAACAGAUGUAUUUCUAAUUUGCUUUUCUCUGGUUAAUCCAGCCUCAUUCGAGAACGUCCGUGCAAAAUGGUAUCCAGAAGUACGCCAUCACUGCCCAAAUACCCCUAUAAUAUUAGUGGGUACCAAACUGGAUUUGCGAGAUGACAAGAACACCAUUGAAAAAUUACGUGACAAGAAAUUGACACCCAUUACCUAUCCACAGGGACUGGCAAUGGCCAAAGAAAUAGGAGCCGUAAAGUAUUUGGAAUGUUCGGCCUUAACACAAAAAGGACUGAAGACCGUCUUUGAUGAAGCCAUACGUUCAGUAUUGUGUCCCGUCUUGCAGCCCAAGUCAAAACGUAAAUGUACGUUGCUAUAAUUUCAUCAUAAACCUGGGAAAUCUGGAAAAUCUUAAGCACACAGAAGAAUAACUAUUAAAAAAAACUAAAUGGAAGCGUUCUCAAAACAUGAAACACAAAAAAAAACCAGCCAAUUCAAUAAAUAUUUGUUGUAUACUGUAGCCAUAGUUAAAAUAUUCUUACAUGUAACGAACGAACGAUACAGAAUAAUUAUGGUCUUCCAGACCUUUGAUUAAUAA